GUGAUGUUCACUGUGGGAUCAAUGAUCAAUGGGAUUCACGUGAGAAUCCCUCUCCGCACUUCUCUCGCUCACGUGCUGAGCCGCUAGUCCGGCUUCUCACAUCGGCGUCAGUGUCACGGGCGGUCUGCGUGCGUUCGCUGCGACCGUGGCGCCGCUACAGCCGGCAGGGGCCUCUACACAGUCGGUAAGACACUACGGUGGGGCAUUGACUCACCGUUCACGUUCGCCCGGAGGCGUGCGCGCGUCGCGGCUCGCCGGCGGCCUCUGGUGUCAAACAUCGAUCAGCGGCAGUGACCGGGAGGCACACCCGGGGAACCGUUGCCCUCGUCCGUUGCUGCAGGCUGUUAGAUAAGACAGACAGGCCGGGGGGCGAGACAUCUACAACCAUGAAGUUGCUUCCAGCAGGAAUUGUUCUGCUUCUAAUUGUGGGAACCAACGCUCAGUGGUAUAGGUUUCCUAUUGAACGUGAUAAAGGAUUCUUUACAAUGUGGGAAACCUACAAUGACAUGAAUGGGACCAACUCAGAUACAUACUUUCACGCCAGAGGAAAUUAUGAUUCUUCCCGCGCAGGUUAAGGGGGCAGAAAGACAACUGAAGUUAUCAGCUGCAGUGUGCUGCAGUGUGAGUUGGACCUGUGGGACCAAUACAAGCCUCGGGGCUGUGUGCAGACGUCCUCUCUCCACUAUGACCCAGAAAUCCCAUUUGUCCUCAUCAAUCCUCGUCAUCGCCUGGAGCAAACAGUAGAGCUACUCUGCCUACCUACGGAUAUCAACCUGUUGCUGGGUACUGAUUAG